AAGAUUGCUGAUAGCCGCUGAUCAUAGCCGCUGUUGUUUGUUUACAUCGCUUAUCUCCUAUUUAUUGCGGUUCUGCUCUUCAACAAAUAUGAGAGGUUCAGGUGGUUCUUCUGCCGGCCGAGGCCGCGGUCGGGAUACAGUUCAGGGACGCGGACGUGGACGCGGCGACCCAGAGCAGGAUGCCCCUGAGGACUCGGAUCCCGGGGCUGAGCAGCAGGUGCUAGCUGCUAGACCUGCGCCGCGGAGAGCGGCGAGACAGCCGCAACCACAGGGCCAGCCACCAGCGACGGACGAGACUGGGAGGGUUAGAGUUACACCAGAUGCUGCAAGAGAAAAAUUACUGGAUAGCAGGAACGACAGCGGGACAGCAUCUAGGGCGAUCUUGCCCAUUUUCCGAUCUAGAUGGUUUGCUGAGGGUUCCUCGUGGAAGAAGAUUACAGCAGAGCAUAAGGGAUUCUACUUCGAGGAGUUCAAGAAGGGUUUUUGCUGGGACCCGACCUACCCUGAGGAUCUGAUUAGAGGGGUCUUCUACCGACAUGCGGGCAAUCGGUAUAAAGAUACUCUCCACAACAUGAAGCCGGAUAAAAAAGAGGGCAGUGUUAGUGCUGAUACUUGGGCGUCAUGGAAGCGAGACUGGGAUACUGCUGAGGCUAAGAAAAAGUCCGAUAUAGCACGAGCUAAUCGGAUGAGUGAGCCGUCCGGAGCUGGCACCGGACCUGUUCGACAUACCGCAGGAUCGCGAUCGGCUACGAGGCAUAAGACAGUUAUGACUGAGGAGCUUGGUCGAGAGCCCACUUUGGCUGAGUUGCAUGUACGGUUGCACCUGACCAAAGCAGAUCGGACUGUCUUUGUUGACAAGAGAUCAAAGGAUAAAAAUGUAAGUUUAUUUUAACCUUAAGUGACUGUU